AAUUAUGGGUCUCAUUAAUGACUUUUUCCCUAUGCAGGAUGUUUUACAGAAGUCGAAUGUGGAGUUAUCAUUGGAAAUGGAAGUUGCAGCCUCUUCUGGUCCUCCUUAUUCUAUAUGCUGUUUGUGUGCAUCAUUCAGUUUGGGGCUGUGCCAACUGCAGAGUGACACUCUCCAGUCCGUCUGGGACUUUUACCUCUCCAUGCUACCCUAAUGAAUAUCCAAACAGCCAGGUUUGCAUGUGGACACUCCGAGCUCCAACUGGAUACAUCAUUCAGAUAACAUUUAAUGAUUUUGAUAUUGAAGAAGCUCCCAAUUGCAUUUAUGAUUCAUUAUCCCUUGACAAUGGAGAAAGCCAGACUAAAUUCUGUGGAGCAACUGCCAAAGGUUUAUCAUUUAACUCAAGUGCAAAUGAGAUGCAUGUGUCCUUUUCAAGUGACUUUAGUAUCCAGAAGAAAGGUUUCAAUGCCAGCUAUAUCAGAGUUGCCGUGUCCCUGAGGAAUCAGAAAGUCAUUAUCCCCCAGGCCACAGAUGCUAACCGGGUGUCUGUUGCAAAAACUGUCUCGAUUCCAGAACUCAGUGCAUUCACUGUGUGCUUCGAAGCAGCGAAAAUUGGCAACGAAGACAAUGACUGGAUAGCUUUCUCCUACUCAGAUGCUUUAUCAACACAAUUAUUGAGCUUUGGGAAGGCCAAAAGGGGCUAUUUCCUCUCCAUCUCUGGUGUAGAAUGCUUGCUAAACAAGGUGUUAUUGGUAGAUUCAAAUGAAGACAUUUUCACAGAAAACUUUGAACAACUGUGCCUAAGUUGGAACAGCACUUUAGGCUCUGUCAGUGUGAAUUUCAAAAGGAGCUAUGAAACAGUUAUAUGCAAUUCUACCAUUAGCAAAGUUAUUCCUGGGAAUGGGAAACUGCUGCUGGGAUCCAACCAAAAUGAAAUAGCCUCUUUAAAAGGGGACAUUUACAACUUUCGUCUUUGGAAUUUUACCAUGAAUUCCAAAACUCUGUCCAACCUCAGCUGUAAUGUGAAAGGGAACGUUGUCGACUGGCAAAAUGAUUUUUGGAAUAUCCCGACCUCAGUUCUGAAAGCUGAAAACAACCUAAGUUGUGGUUCCUACCUGAUUCCACUACCAGCAUCAGAACUCACUAGCUGUGCAGAACUGGGAACCCUUUGUCAAGCUACUGUAAACUCUCCUACCACACCACCCAUUGCUACCACUAACAUGCCUGUUACUAAUAGAGUCGAUAACCAAAGGAAUGAUGGCAUAAUUUACCGGAUUUCUAUGAUUAUUCAAAACAUUCUACGUCAACCUGAGGUGAAAGUACAGAGCAAGGUUGCAGAAUGGCUCAACUCUACUUUUCAAAAUUGGAAUUAUACAGUCUAUGUGGUCAAUAUCAGUCUUCAUCUGAAUACUGGUGAAGAGAAGAUAAAAGUCAAAAGAAGUAUCGAAGAUGAUCAAAGGUUGAUGAUUCUGGCCCUUUUAGUUUAUAAUGCUACUAACAACAUCAGUUUGGAAGGCCAGCUCAUUCAGCAGAAGCUCUUGGGAAGCAAUGAAUCGUUAGGUGAUGGCUUGAGGCUGUACACUGUCAGUGUGAAACAAAUUGGGACAUGUCCAGAAAAUGAACAACCCGAAGGCUAUAAAUGGUCAACCACAAAACCAGCUGUCCAAACAUAUCCAUGUAAAGGGAAACCUGGCUAUUUUGCAUCACGAACGUGCCUUCAGGAUACCACAAACAAAACCUUCUGGGGACCUCCUGAUUUAACAAAUUGUGCUGGAAUCACGAAUGAAAUAGCCAAUGAGCUUCUAAAUUUCACUAGUGAAGGACAGACCCUUACGUCGGCCAACAUAACCAGUAUUGUGGAGUACCUCAAAAAAAUCGUGAAUAAUGAAGAAAAUAUUGAUAUAUCUUUAGGCUCAACUGUAAUGACCAUAUUUUCCAAUAUCUUAACUAGUUCAGAUAAUGAAUUGCUGGAGUCUUCUUCUGAGGCUUUAAAAACGAUUGAUGAGUUGGCUUUUAAGAUCAAGUUAAAUAAUGAAGUGCCUGUGAACAUUACAACUCGAAAUCUUGCUCUUGGGGUGUCAUCUCUGAUCCCAGAGACAUAUGAAGGCUCAACUUUCAGUAUUGGUCUCCCAAACAGUAAUGAGUCAUAUUUCCAGAUGGAUUUCGAGACAGGUCAAGUGAAUUCUUUGGCUUCUGUCAUUUUGCCCCGAAGUUUACUUAUGAAUUUAAGUAAAGAAGAAUCUGAAUCAGUGAAAAGAGCUCAAUUUACUUUCUUCAACAAAACUGGACUUUUUCAGGAUGUAGAAACUCAGCGAGACAAGCUAGUGAGCUAUGUGAUGGCGUGCAGUAUUGGAAACAUUAGUAUCCGGGAUCUUCAGGAACCUGUUCAGGUUGUAAUCAAACAUACACGAAAUCAGGUGCUUCAUCCCAUCUGUGUCUUCUGGGAUUUGAAUAAAAACAAAGGUUUCGGUGGCUGGAACACAUCAGGCUGUGUUGCACACAGAGACUCAAAUGAAAAUGAGACAGUGUGCUUGUGUAAUCACCUCACCCACUUUGGGGUUCUAAUGGAUCUGCAAGGAACUGCUUCACAAAUAGAUACACGAAACACUAAAGUCCUGACCUUUAUUACCUACAUUGGCUGUGGAGUUUCUGCUAUAUUUUCAGCUGCAACUCUCCUAACAUAUAUUGCUUUUGAAAAGUUACGAAGAGAUUACCCUUCCAAAAUCUUGAUGAAUCUUAGUACUGCCCUGUUGUUUCUAAAUUUAAUCUUCCUCCUUGAUGGUUGGGUCACCUCAUUUGACAUUGAUGGACUCUGUGUAGCCAUUGCAGCCCUUCUGCAUUUUUUCCUUCUGGCAACCUUCACAUGGAUGGGUUUGGAGGCAGUUCACAUGUACAUUGCUCUGGUUAAAGUAUUCAAUACUUACAUUCGCCGGUACAUACUGAAAUUCUGCAUUAUUGGCUGGGGUUUGCCUGCUUUGGUGGUAACAAUUGUACUAGCAAGCAGAAAUACAAAUGCAAAUAAAAUAUAUGGAAAAGAAAGUUAUGGUCAAGACAUCAAGGGGCAACGCAGUGAAUUCUGUUGGAUCCAGGAUCCAGUGGUAUUUUAUGUAACUUGUGCUGGUUAUUUUGGAGUCAUGUUUCUCUUGAAUGUUGCCAUGUUCAUUGUGGUAAUGGUGCAGAUCUGUGGAAGGAAUGGGAAAAGAAGCAAUAGGACCCUUCGAGAAGAGAUUCUGAGAAACCUCCGGAGCGUGGUUAGCCUCACCUUUCUGUUAGGCAUGACCUGGGGCUUUGCGUUCUUUGCCUGGGGACCCUUAAACAUUGCCUUCAUGUACCUCUUCUCCAUCUUCAAUUCAUUACAAGGAUUGUUUAUAUUUGUAUUCCACUGUGCUAUGAAAGAGAAUGUGCAGAAACAAUGGAGAAGACACCUGUGCUGUGGAAGAUUUCGUUUAGCAGACAAUUCAGACUGGAGCAAGACAGCCACCAAUAUCAUCAAGAAGAGCUCAGAUAAUCUGGGGAAGUCAUUGUCAUCAAGCUCUAUUGGAUCCAACUCAACAUACCUUACAUCCAAAUCUAAAUCCAAUUCCACUACUUACUUUAAAAGAAACAGCCAUCCUGAGAGUGUUUUUGUGGACAAGUCCUCAUCAAAACUUACUCAUCUGGAUGGAGAACAAACAUCAAUCAUCCCAGUCCAUCAGGUCAUUGACAAGGUCAAAGGUUACUGCAAUGCUCACUCUGACAAUUUCUACAAAAACAUUAUCAUGUCAGACACUUUUGGCCACAGCACAAAGUUUUAAUUGGGCUUUAUUACAAUAAUAGAAAUAAGCUUCCAUCUCCCAAAUAGAGACUUACAGGCAAAGCAAACAGUAGGAGUGCCAAAUGUAAAUGUGUCAUUACCUAGGUAAGACUAUACAUUGGAAAGAUAUGUUUGUUUGUUUGUUUUUAAUUACAAAUACUAUUGUGACAUUUAUAAUGGAACUCAUCUGUGCCUUUUCCCCAUGUUGGAGUCUUCCAUCAUCCCCUAAACUUUAGCUCUCUGACUCAGUAGCCACAGGAAACACUCUGUAUUUUUAUAGUUGAAUCAGAUCAAUCAGAACUGAGGAAUAUUUAAAAGCCAGAGGACAAGGAAAAAAGAAACAGUCAAAAAUCAGUACCAAUCAAGAAUUUAACGCUGAUGGUGAGUUGUUUUGGACAUCAUCCUUUGCUACAUAUUCUUCUCCUACAUUUGAAGAAAACAUGAAUUUUCAUUACCAUAUGUGACUGGUUCUCUACAAGUCCUCCCUCAAAAGUAGUUCCAUAUUUCCAUCAUGUGCCUGCCUUGUAGGUGAAAUUUCAAGCAGAUAAAAAUACAAUUUUGAUUCUAUCAUCCAAAGAUUACAAAGGAUUAUUUGUUAGUUAUUUUUAACUAUACCAAAACUAAUUGCUUAACACUUCUUAAAUGAGAGCACAUUUUCACCUUUCACAUUUCAUCAACAUCUAUAUCUUGUCAAGCACACAUAAAUUUCUGAGAUGUCUCAUGGUUUCUGUAUACAUAAUAUAUAAACAACCAUAAGACAAUAUAAUGUAAGGAUCAGAAGUUAAAGAAAUGUCAGUACUUUUCUCCUAAAAGGUAAACCCUUACCAAAGGGUUUAAUUAAGAUAUUUUCUUUCUCCUUUUAAAAUUAUAUUUGAAGAUGCCUAAGGGCAAAAUGAUUUCAUCUGUUGACACAGCUGCCCCCAUUUUGAGAAAAGCAACAUAGAGAGAGAAGAGCCACAAUCAUAUCUCCUCCCAGAAGGUAGAGCAUGGUUAUAUAUAUAUAUAUAUA